AUGGCGCAGGUGGGAGGUGUCCCCUGCCCCGGGGCUGCCCCGGGCCAGCCCCUCGUGUUCAAGCUGGUCCUCUUGGGAAGUAGCUCUGUGGGCAAGUCCAGCUUGGCUCUCCGGUACGUGAAGAAUGACUUCAAGAGCAUCCUGCCCACCGUGGGAUGUGCGUUCUUCACAAAGGAGCUGGAGUCGGGCGCCGUGGCUGUGAAGCUGGAGAUCUGGGACACGGCCGGCCAGGAGAAGUACCACAGCGUCUGCCGCUUGUACUUCAGGGGCGCCAGUGGGGCCAUCUUGGUGUACGACAUCACUAGGAGGGAUUCCUUCUGCAAAGCCCAGCAGUGGCUGCAGGACCUCGAGAGGGAGGCGCCCCCGGGGGAGGUCGUGGUGAUGCUGGUUGGCAACAAGACGGACGUCGGCGAGCGGCGGGAGGUGACGUUCCAGGAAGGGAAAGAGUUUGCGGAGAGCAAGAAGUUGCUGUUCAUGGAGGCCUCGGCCAAACUGAACCACCAGGUGACUGAGGUCUUUAGCACCAUAGCCCGAGAGCUGCUGCAGAGAGAAGACAGGAAGAAGGCCCAGCCGCAGAGGGGAGAUGCAGGGCUGGCUCUGAAGGGGGCACCUGCCGGGCAGGCCGGAUGCUGUGCCCACUAACAGCAGCCGCGCCAGGAAGCCUGGCUCCGGCUGCCCCUUGGGGUGAGCCACUGCCACGGCCACGUACUCUGAUUCCCCCUGAAGCGGGCUUGUUGCCGAGUCCUAGAGGUUCUGGAAGCUGGCAUCCUUGGGCCUUACCACUUCUCAAAGCCGGUGGGAAUCAUUCAGGAGAGGAGCCAGUGACAACGGGCUCCCAGGGGUGAUGAGAGAAAUUGCCCCCUUUUAGGGUUUGUGGGCCUUGGCACGGGGAAGCUGGACUUUAACAUUUACCAAGGGACGAAAACUUUUCAAAGCAGUCACUCUGUUUCUGCCCCCAGCACACUUUGUACAUCCACUUCGGUAAAAACAAAACAAAACAAAACAAAACAAGACAAAAACCAACAAGGAGCUUUCCAAACAUAAAGAUGAGAAAAAGAAAAAACACCUCCCUGGUUCCCGUAAGAUGAAAGUCAUACAGCCU